GUUAUCUUACAAAUACUAAAAUGGCUUUCAACCCAAGAUACGCUUCUACCGCAGACCCCCGGGCUCUACGAGCCACCAAAAGCAUGGCCGUUUUCGGUGGUUCAAUGAAGCAGCCUGGAGCUGGUCUCCGCGAUGCUGCAUACGUGUCUCCAUUCAUGACCUUUCGACCAAUACCUGGUGUUCCCGAGCCGCCCUUCCAGUACUUUCCUCCCACCGGGUCUGGCAGUGUUGCACUCAAAGGCGAGAACGGUUACCUUGAUCGCCAACGCCCGGCUCCCCCUCCCUUUCACCAUGCUCGACCGAAAGCACCACUCGAGUUGCUUGGUAGGCUGCCAAGGCCACGCCCUGUCGACCUUCUACGGGACGACAUGGAGAAGAAAAUGGACGACGCUUUCCUCAGUAUGCCGGAAGACUGCCAGGAAUGCGUCCGUAUGCAAGUAACGCAGGAGUUAUGGCUCAAGAAGAUGAUGGAUGAUGAAGAUGCGAUCAUAGACACCAAAAUGAAGUACCUCGUCGCUAUGCUGGAGUGGCUUGGGAACUUGCAGAAUGGCGCCCAUUUCCUUGGUUUCGCUCAGCGGGUAAUGGAUGCGACUUUGCGAUUCAUCCUCGCGAACCGUGGACUCUAACGACGACGAUGAUCGAAAUGCACACAGGAUUUCGUCAUCAGCGCCUUCGGAUGUUGUUUCGGCAGAACUGCCUCACGUGCUCUAAUACUCUACUAUUCGCAGUUUGUACAGCAUGACAGUUACUCUACAAAGACGCAUCCGAGCGGAGCUUUAAUACACCUCAUGUUUAAU